CCUUUUUCAACAUAACACAACACAGAACACCAGCAGUUACACAAGAUGUUUUAUAGGAAUUUAUGUAGUUUGUAUAUUUGAAUCCCUACUUUUUGAAACAUUUUCUUGAUGCCAACAUUACUUACUACAUCACUGGGCAAUUGCUCUUGUUUGCCUCAGUGAAGAAGGUGGCCAACAGGUGUUGCCUUUCAGAGAUUGUAAGUAUCCAUGAAGGCUGGCACACAAAGAAAUAACACCUGGUGUGAACUGAAUGAAACUGAGGGCUGUUAAAUUAUCUUUGCAGCUUUUAUAACAUUUGCAUGUGGUAGCUAUCAGCUCCAAAAUGGGAAUCAGUAUUUUAAGUGUCAAGAUUUCCCUGCACAUCUGUUUAAUAGCAAAUAUCAGGCUCCAAGGUACAAAUUAAUGCCUCCAUAGACUACUAUAAAAAUUGAAGUGGUGUAGUUUAUACUGCAACAUAAGCAGAAGAGAAGAUUGUUUGUCCUUUCUUCUUUGGUAAGCUUUCAGAAUGCAGGAUGACACUGAAGCUGUCCAAAUGGGAAAAGCCUCGAUAUGGCCUAUAAUCAGUUAGAUGUUACAUUAAUUGGUGUCUUCAUUAUUUUGUCCACCCCCCAUGCGUAUACCAUCAAUAGGCCACAUUGUUUCCUCUUAAGUCGUGCAAUAGUGAUCCCUCCAUCAACACAUGGCAGUCAGAAUUUAUCGAGGGGUAGCCAAUCGGGGCGCUCCUUUUAGGGCGAGCCUCCGAGGAGCUCGGCCAAUCAGAGACGCGGAACAGGACCCGUGCCUCCGAGUUGUGCAGCGAUACAGUCACGUGACGCUGGGAAAAGGAAUGCCAACAUGGACCCGUGGCAAGGACGGGAUGUGAGUGUGCUACGAAAAUAACACGACGGAGGAAAAAGGAAACUGCGAAAAUAUACAAUCCCGUCGACGGCGCUGCUUUCUCUCACCGAGCCUCCUCCGAACUGCACACGGUUUUUGUGAUUCCUCUUCUGGAUAGAGUUUCCUCAACAUCGUCUAUUCUGCAUUUGGCCUGGAUCAAUGGUGUCUCUCAGCAGUAGAACGCUGAGUUUGGAGAAUGACCUAUUCAGGGACAGCAGCAGCAGCAGUAGCCUGUUCUCCCUCGGUCCUGGAGACGGAGCCUGCAGCGAGCGGGGUAGUUUAACUUCCUGCAACAGUCCCGAGGCAGGGGACUUGGGAGCUAUGCGCAGCUCCAGCCCCGGAGAGGAGGAAGAUGAGGAGGAAGAAGAUGAAGAUGAUGGGGCACGUCUGCAUAUUUUUCUGGGAGCAGCAGGGGAAGGGGAACCUGUGAGUCAGGAGCCUAAGCUGCCAGAAUUCCCUUUCCAUCCCUCCUCCCCAUUUUCCCCAACCCUGGAGGACAUAGAGGAGUUCUUGAUGGAAAAGAUGGAACUGGUCAAAGAGGGGCUAAUGGCCCCUAAAGAAGAGGCCUCUCCUCUACCAUGCAGCUCCAGUGAAUCUCCAUCCUCCAGUGCUCCCCCAACCUCCUCCUCAGAGACUUGCAGUGAUCCAGGGACUAGUACCUCCCAUAGCACUUCCAACCCAAACACCCCUCAGAAUGAGCAAAACAGCCCCAGCCCAGCUGACCCUUCCCCUUCAGCCCAAGAAACUCCCUCAGCAUCCACCUUAACCCCCCCAGUGCUCCUGGGUGCUCCGCUGGUUCUCCAGCUCCAGCCUUUACCUCUGGCCCAGCCUCAGACUCCAGCAGGCUCUCCUCCUGGGGCCCAAAAUGGCAUUUGGCUCACUCAUCUCGUCAUGGGUCUCCAGGGUACUACAGGACAAAAUCUUACCCUGCUGGCCCCCCAGGUGCCCUCCAGCCCCACCACCUUUUUAUCACUAAACAGUGGAGAUACUAAGUCAGCUGACCAGAAGUACGUGAAGAUUGCCCCUCUGCCCAUCACAAUGAGGACUGUAGAGAUUACGGGCGUGACAGGGGUCGGGGCCCAGGGCAACGGUCUGUUGAAGGCCAUGGCCCCCCGUAUGACCAGAGUGCCACCCACAGAGAGGGUCCAUAAGUGCUCCCACCCCGGCUGUGGGAAGAUGUACACCAAAAGCAGCCACCUGAAAGCUCACUUCCGCCGGCAUACCGGAGAGAAGCCCUACACGUGUAGCUGGCCUGAGUGUGGCUGGAGGUUCUCCCGAUCCGAUGAACUGUCUCGUCACCGUCGCUCUCACUCUGGCAUCAAGCCAUACGAGUGCUCGCUGUGUGAAAAGAAGUUUGCUCCGCAGUGACCAUUUAUCCAAACACACAAAGGUCCACCGCAGCUCCAGGCCCAGCAGGAUUAUCAGAGCCACUGUGUGAUACCUGGCCUAAAACCUGCCUUGCACCCUUCCACCCUAUCAGUCUGGGCUGGCUUUGACCAGGGUGGGGUCCGGGUCUCCCUCAGGACUUUUGGUGCUUCAGAAGCAGAACUUUCAGAAAAAAUCUUGAGGACUGGCUGCGGUUUCACCCUCAUCAUUUCCUUAUUUCCUCUCCUCUCUGCUGUUUACUUUAUACUGUUCCUUCUGAGCAGCUCAUCCUAUACUAAGCUAACAGCCACCUCAGGAAAAAUCAGCUGAAAGUGGAUUUCCUGGCCUACACAUACAAACACAAACAUAAGACAAAAAACAUCAACAGGAGACAGUCUUACUGAAAGGCCCAUCUUGCAACCGCUGCUUGCACUACUGCUCCUGUUACCAAGCUACCAGGUGCUGUUGAGAGUAGGGUGGCAACAAUAAUUGUAGCGUCUGUAAUUAUAUUAUCUCCUUUCUUCUUUUGCAUUGGCCCCAUUCUUGAAGCCAAACUCCAGGGUCCACAUGGAUAAAGCUCCCCAAUGUUCUUGUAUGUUGUUAAAGUGAAGAUUUAUUCUUUAGUAUCACAUUUAUGCCAUGUGUUCUAAUCAUGAGACUUGCGAUGGACUCAAUUCACAUGGCAGAGCGUGACAGCCAUCUGUGUGGGGUGAAAUUCUGAUUAAAGGAACAGAAGUGUCCUCUAAGUACUUAGAUGUUCAGAGGUACUGUUCACUCUGAAUGAAUGGUAUGGCUCUUGAUAUUAAGAGUAAAUGCUGAGACAUUGAUUAAGUCAUACUAAAUGUGGAUUUGUGCACAGUUCAGCUGAGCUGACAAAGUCCCUAAACCUCUGAUGUUAUAUGCAUUCAGACCUGGCCUUUAUUGCAUUCGUCCAACCAUAAUCCUCCCUUUUUUGACCCAUAUGCCUUUUCUCAGUCCCAGUAUGCCCAAAUCUCUAUUGAUGCCUUUGUCCAUAUCACAAAACCUCACUUGAUCCUACUGUUGUACUGUUAUCAUAUGACUGCUCUUAUUUAACUGUGACUCAGAACUGGGGUUGCCAAACCAGAAAUCCCUGUUCUGGCCCUGUGAGAGCAUGAAAACGACACCUGCAGUGUGUGACAGUUUAUAAGCUGAAAUUCUCUUGAAAAUCAUUGGGCCGAUUUAUGUGGCCUAGAAAACUACUCGACCUAUAUGUUAUACUUUGGCUCAAUGGUUCAAAAGUGCUGUGAAACACUGCUCUUUCUUAUUUACAGUAGCAGCUACUGUAAACAUUUUUCUGUUGGUUAUAGCAACAAGAAAAGCUAAUAGUUUAAACAGCUGGAAAGGCAGCUAACAUCUAUCCAAUCAUCUGUAUUAGCAUACUCAAUAUAAUAUGUACUUAACAUGAAAAACAAAGAUAACGUGUACAGCUUGUAGCCUUUGUAUGUAGAUGUUUGUUUGUUUUGUUUUUUUUAUCAGAGGGUUUUCAAUCAGUGCAUUAAGCUAUUCAGUCGUGUUUCUGGAAAGGUUUUUGGUCUGUUAUGUGAGUUUGAUUGUAGUGUGAUCAAUCUGUGGAAUGUCAGACUGAUCAUGGUCUGGGAUUAGGAGUCCCACUCUACCCAUUCACAAACUAUUAAGCUGAAUCUGCUGGUCUCAAGUGCACUUGUGUUAGUGGAAAGUCAGAAACAAUCAUUGUGCUCUUAUGGUAGUUCCAUAAAAUGUAUCAGACCUGUAAAAUGCCAAAAAAAAGCAUAUCUUCCAGGGAAGGUUAAACUGCACUGUGUCAUGCAGUCACUAUUAUCAUUUGUUCUUUGAUCUCAACACUUUGGUGCUUGUAAACCUACCAGUGCUUCACAUGAAGAGACUGUAUAACAGAAAGCUUCACAUUAACUGGAUUGUCUCUGUUGAACCAGCAGACACUUGCUACAACAAAUUGUAAGCUACUGGCAAUCUUAACUUAGCUCAAGAAACAUUGGUGCUUUUGGAUGAACUAAAAAGUAGAGCACUUUUGCAUGUAGCAGUGCACAGUCAUUUACAUAGCAAUCGUACACAUUUAUUUGUCUUAGCAUUAUGGAUACACUAGAUUUCAUUCUUUAAAAAAUGCUUAGUAAAGUAGAAACCCAUUCAAAGCAGACAGACGGGCAGACGUGUUUAUCUGUCUGAACCAGUGCAGUCUUUGUGUCUGAGCCUCCCCAGGCUGCUUCUACUGACCUACAUCCAGACCUGUAUUCCCUAAUCAUCAUCCAACUCUCUCUCUAUUUCUCUCCCAAUCCUGCCUGUGUAUCUGGUUGAAAACAGGCUGUAUUUUUCUUUUUUUUUUUUUUUUUGUUUUGAAUACCAGAAAUGCUAUUUUCCUAUUUGCAAUAAUAAAAA